UCUUCCGGUCGCGAGAGGAACUGCAUCAGCGGGACACCGGCGCCCCUUCAUCCAUCUUCAUCUUCCUCCUCCUCGGUUCAGCAGUCCGUUAACAACACGCUGAUUCUGUGCGUCGUUCACGGCUAUUUCACCGGCCGUCGAGAUGUCGUCUGGCGAUUACUCGCAAACAUCUGCCCCAGGCUAUGGGUCCUAUGGUGGAGGAGGUGGAGGUGGUGGUAAUCAGGGUUACAGUCAGUCCUCCGGCCAGGGAUACGGCCAGCAGGGCUAUGGAGGCUACAACCAAAGCUCUGACAGCAGCUCUGGCUCCUAUAACCAGGGAGGAUAUGGCAGCUAUGGUCAACCUCAGUCAGGAUAUGGUUCACCAUCUUCUAAUCAAGGUGGUGGUGGUGGUGGUGGUGGUGGUGGUGGUGGUUAUUCCCACUCCACUCAAUCCUAUGGCUCUGGAGGGUACAGCGGAAACCAGUCCUCCAGCAUGGGCUACAACCAACAGUCAUCUUACUCUGGGUACAACCAGCAGCAGCCCCCUCCUUCAUCUUCUGGAGGCUAUGAAGGAGGCUCUCAGGCUUCAAGUUACAACCAGCCCCCAAGCGGUGGACAGAGCGGAGGUGGUUAUGGCAGCAGUGGCGGUCAUUCUGGUGGCUAUGGGGGCACUGGGAGCCACCAGCAACCACCACAACAUGGAGGAGGGCACUACAACCAGCCCCCUAACUACAGCUCCCCACCUCCACAGAGCUACAGUCAACAGAGCCAGUAUGGCCAGGGUGGAGGUUAUGGUGAUGAAAGCCCUCCAAUGAGUGGAGGAGGUGGAGGGGGAUAUGGUGGUCCUGAUGGAGGGUAUGGAGGACAAGAUAGCCGUGGUGGCAGGGGCCGUGGAGGUGGAUUUGGAGGUCGUGGUGGUGGAGGAUACGAUCGUGGUUUUGACCGAGGUGGCAGAGGUGGACCAAGAGGACGAGGAGGCAUGGGAAUGGGCGAUCGUGGAGGAUUCAAUAAGUUUGGUGGACCAAGGGACCCAGGACAUGGACAUGGUGGACCAGGCUUUAUGCAAGACCAGGAUAACUCUGAUAAUAACACCAUCUUCGUGCAAGGUUUGGGUGACGACUACACUGUUGAAUCAGUGGCUGACUUCUUCAAGCAGAUCGGGAUUAUUAAGAUCAACAAGAAGACAGGCCUGCCCAUGAUAAACUUGUACACGGACAGAGAGACUGGAAAGCUGAAAGGGGAGGCCACAGUUUCAUUUGAUGACCCUCCAUCUGCUAAAGCUGCCAUUGACUGGUUUGAUGGUAAGGACUUCAAUGGAAAUCCUAUCAAGGUGUCUUUUGCCACCCGCAGAGCUGACUUUGGAGGCAGAGGUGGCAUGAGGGGCGGUCGAGGACGAGGAGGGCCGAUUGGUCGUGGUGGAUUUGGAGGAGGUCGAGGUGGAGGUUUCCCAGGAGGCAAUGGGGGUGGAGGAGGAGGUGGAGUUGGGGAAAGAGGAGGUGGAGGAGGAGGAGGACAGCAGAGGGCUGGAGACUGGAAGUGUUCAAACCCAAACUGCGGCAACCUGAACUUCUCAUGGCGUAAUGAGUGUAACCAGUGCAAAGCCCCUAAACCUGAAGAAGCUUGUGGAAUGCCCCCAAUGGAGAGAGGAGGGUAUGGAGGUGACCGCCGUGGGGGAUUUGACCGUGGUGGAUUCAGGGGCCGAGGAGGGGAUCGUGGGGGCUUCAGAGGCGGCCGUGGAGGUGACAGGGGAGGAUUUGGCCCUGGAAAGAUGGAUGCGAGGGGUGACCGCAGACAGGAGCGGCGGGGCCGUCCUUAUUGAAAAAUUCUCGGAGGACAAACAGUCCCACCUGGGAACAAAGGCCAGAGUGUUUACCGCCCCAAUCUGGACCCAGCCUGAAUCUUUCACACCUUCUGUCAACUUCUUUUCUGUUCUUGUUGACAAAAAUGUGGCUGUCCCUGUUUCUGCUUUCUCUUGUUCACGUCACUCAUUUCUUUCAAGGUAUUUCACGUCGUCUAUGUAGCAGGGCCUCAAUUACAAAAACAAUGUCAGGAUCAAAUUUCAUCUGAAGAAAAAAUUUUCCUUAUUGCCAUCUGUCAGAAUGCUUGUUAUAGUCUCCUGCUUAGUAACUGAAUACUCACAGACUAAAAGAAUUCAACCAAGAAGCUAAACUAGUUUUUACAGCAUACUUGUGUGGGACGUUUUGUCCUUUUUUACCUGAUUGAAAUCAAACUUAGGAUUUAUCUAAAUUUCACUUCAGACCAAUAGAAUGUUUUUUUUUUUUUUUUAUCUGGAGUAGUUCAAGACAAUUUCUCACUAAUGAUGUGAAUGAUAGAAACCGGAAUUUUGCAUUAUGAUUGGGAUUUUCCAACAGAAGUAUGAACCAAACACUUGCUUUUUUCAGUAGUUAAAGAAUCUGAGACUUUCAAGGCACACAAAAGGUCAUUACUUUCAAACAUUAUUGAUAGACCAUGUUUUCCAUGACUUUGCCUUUGCAAAUAUUCUUCAUCCAAGUUCACUUUUGAAGGAUCUUCCUGUAUUUGACUUAACUCAGUUAUCCAAUUUAUUCCAAAAAGUGCAUACAAAUAUUUAUCUGAUCUUGACCAAGCUCAUAGAGGAUGAGUGAGACACUGGUGGACAUUGAUAUUAUUAUCAUUAAUUAUAUGAGCCUUUCCCUCUACAAGCAUAAACAUUCAGCUAACAAGGUAAUGUAGGAACACUUGUCUAAGAAAUUGGAUUCAUCACCUAAUUUAUAAAAGAUAAGAUUAUUUUUACAGCCUUAUAUUAUUACUACUUUAUUAGAAAGCAUUCACAGCCCAGUUUCUUCUGAAAUUUCAUUCUCUAAUUUUAUAAAUCAGUUUUUAUUCUUAAUCUUAUUUUGGGGUUUGAUCACUUAAUCUACACACCUUUAGGUUUAUUAUGCUCACACACAUCUACCCCUUCUUGCCUUCUUGUAUACAGUUUCUCUUCUCUCUUUACCUGUUUGUGUGAUCUUUAACCUAAGACAGCAGCCUCUAUGCUUGAUAGAUUUCUUCAUUUACCACACGUGAAGUGUUUCUUUCAUGCUUAUCGUGAUCCACUUGAGGACAAUCCUCAUUCAUGUCAAUCCAGGAUGCAGAGCGUGUCAGACACUUCUACAACUCGCACAAAAAGUUUGCAGAGAAACAGGGGGGCUUAUGGAUGAGUUAAUUGAUCACAGAAGGUGGUCAUGACUGUAACUACACCUGGAUGGGCUACGUAGGAGCUAGCUUGCUGACAUCUGCAAGAGAAAUACUACAUUCAUCAACAGCCACCUCUGCACAAACCCAUGUGUGUGUUUAUGCAAAUGAAGGGGAGAGAUCAUCAAGACUUUUGUUGCUCAUUCUGUGGUGCCCCAUUACUCUUUCCCUAAUCAUCCUUUUUCAAAACAUUUGCUUUUGUGACAUAAUGGGGCACUGUUAAAAAUCAUCGUUGGUUUGUACAUUUAUGCAGGCUUUUACUGCAUUGUGAGAGCAAAACUUGUGUAAAUUGUAUAUCUUGGGUGUGUUAUCCACAGUCCCAUGUCCAAAUCCAAGCCAGUACUGGAGAAAUUAAGUUAAUACAUUCUUAAACCCUCAUCAGGAGGGAGUAGCGUAAAGAAGCCGAGGCUCAGAGCGAAAUAGGCUCAAAUGCCACAGCAGAAAACGCGUUCUCAAGACCGCUGAAGUAGGAAAAUGCUGAAUUGGCCCGUCAGUGUACUUGGCCUGAUGUUAGUUUAACUGGGCGCACCCAAGUAUAACCUAUGUAUGUGAAAUGGGUGUAGCAUAUCAUCAUACUUAAAGAUUAUUACACAGGUGUGCUAUGCUGCUCACAAUAAAAACCCUUUCUAAUUGGUGUUGUUAAAUCAAGCAACACAUGGCGUUGUGUGCAAAGAAACACUCCAAUUAUUUUAAACAUUGUAAUAAGAACACCUUUUUUCUGUUUGAGUAUUUUCAUGUUUAUUGUAUAUGUUGUUACACAUUUAUGUGAGAAUUCAGGAUUCAGACGCUGUUGAUGUCAGAUCUGCAUCAUUUUCAGACAUUGACCUGCUGUAUUAUACAAACGUCUUUGAAUAUAAUGGGUGAUAAAUAAUGACACAUUUGGUGAUGUGAUUUAAAAACCUGCUUGACUGCUAAUGUUCUGUCACUGUCAGCCUUCUUUAAUAAACGCUAAGACAGCAGCAGCGAGACAAGACGAUAAUGAUGAUGGGAACCUAGAUUGUUGUAUAAUUAACUGUACUAAGUUUUAUCUCAAAAUCAAGAUUGUCAGUUUUCUAGUUUGUGAUUCCUCUAAACAUCCAACAAAUUAAAAGAAAGUUGUGGACCUGUCAUUCAAGUCACAUACGGAGAUUCUUAGAUUUUCCAUUGGGCUUGUAAAUCACAGUACAUGAGAAAAGAGAGGGGUAAUCCAAAUUUAACAGUAAAUUUAUUUGAGAAGUUAACUGCCUGUCUUUGUUUUAAUAUUUUAAAUUUGUAUUCAAAUACAGUAGCAAAUCAUACAGUGCAGAAAAUGUUAGGUUAAUCUGCAGAUUAUUUCUCCCUAACAAGUGAUGUCUUUAAAUACCUUUUGUCGUAUGACUCAUAGUAUGAAACCCAAAGAUUUUCAAAAGGCUUUAAUGAAACAUUAAUGUAAUAUGUUCAAAAUGCUGGAAUGACUAUCUUUAAUUAGAAGUUAGAACAUAUAAAGGAUUGAAUCUACUUUCAGAAUUGUUAUACCAUUUAGGUUUAAUCCCUUGUGUAACUCUCUAACCCAUUUUUAUGACUCUAAAGGAUAACUAAACUCCAAGACCACUUUUUCUCAGCUCAAAACUCUAUUGAUGGCAGUAUUAAGAAGUGUUUCUGGUAAAUUUAGUUUCAAAUCUCAAUAUCUGAGGAUCCAUUACUUAAAUACUGCAUAUUUUAGUAGAAGAUAGAAAGGUUUCCGUUCAAAUCCUUUGUAAUUUAAAAAAAAAACAAAAACACACAACCGUUAACUUUAGUGGCAGCAGUCAACAGCUGAAAAUUGCAGGGGCAGCAAAUAUUUUUAUGGUAACAGCGGGCUGCACCAAUCGGCAAUGUCGCUGUUAUACUUUAGGAUUAUGGGUAGUGUGGCUGUAUGUAUGAAUAUAUACACUCAAGUAGCUUGUGGUAAGUCUACCUUAAAUGAUUAAAAUAUUAUGGCCCAAUGACAGCUGGGCCAUAAAGCUCACACUGGUUCUCUAUCAGAACCAGUGUGAGCUUUUCAACAACUAACCAACCAUCCUCUGGGGCGGUUUGCAUCUUCAACCACUCAAAGACAGUCCCUCACCUCCUCUGCCCCAAUAUGUCCUUGGCAUUUGCUGUCUUACUGUCUGUGACGAUGGUUCAAACAGAUAAAGCUCUAGACCGUCGAGAUUAUGGCCUACAGGAGACUCUGGGAGAGAAAAUGACAUUUUUGUUAGAAUAUUGUCCUUGUUUCUCCACAAGUGAACCUCAGUGAAAUUCAAGGAUUUAGUUACCUUUUAAAGUCCUGGAGACCUCCAUCUUUUGACCUUACUUAGACAAAAAAAAUCUUUCAGCAUCUUUGUUCAUGGUAAACAGGUCUCUGUACGAUUUAAAACCAGACCUUUUUCAGUUUGGUUUUAUAUAUAAGGUCAGGACUGACAACUUUUCACUUAAGAGCUGCUAUACUCUAAAACACAACACUCCUACUAAACAGAUGGUUCUAUGAAGGUUGGGCAUCUGUGGUUAUUGAUGAAUCCUAAUCAUACCUUAAACAUCAUGAAAAAAAGAACAUUUAACACAUUUCAAGACAAUAGCUUUUUUUCUGUUUUUCUUAAACAGCGUUGUAAACUGAAACUGAGCCAAAGUAAAUCCUACAGCUCCUUCACAUACAGGAAGCAAACUGUAAAAUUAGUCUGUCUUUUACUGGAACUUCAGCCAAGUGUCAAAACUAUUUGGACUUGUGCCAGUAUCACACCUGUCAAGUCGAAAACUGAUCAGUUGAGAUGCUAAUUUUGCUCUCGAUAUAUUUGCUUUCCAUUUUGCCUCUGGUUGUAAAUGUUUUACUCUACUCUGUAUCUGCUCCUGUGAAAAGAUCUUAUCAUGAAAAUGCAUUUUUGUAAACGAGGCCUCUGUCUGGGAAGAUUUCUUCAGUAUUUUUGUUUCUGUCGUGACAUUACUCUAAUAAUGUGUGUAUUAUUUAUGAAUAUUUGUUAUUUCCCCAGUGAAGUUUAAAUGAA